CAUAUUUGGAUAAAAUGAUAAGGGCGCUAGCCAUUAUUUACACUCAGGACCUUAGGAAGAGUUGCUGUUUCUAUCACGUUUCCCUCCACACACUCACCCCAUCUUCCUCGCGUUCCCGCGAUGAGUUUCAUGGCAUGUUUACAACUUGAUCCCCGUGUUACUGUGUUUACUGAGCGGCGCUCGAGAGUUAGUUAAUGUGUUUUAAGCAUUUAAGAGUUGCAGUGUCCAAGGGUAAAUCGCCUGUAUUAAGCGAUCACCUGCCUCAGCGCUGUAAUUGAGGCCUCCUUCCGAAUCCCUUCAUCGACAACGGAGGGAGACGCUGCGUUGUUUCGCGAAAUAGACAAAAGCAAGCGACGCGCGUGUGAUGGCGAGCGACCAAAACGCGUAGUCGUCACCAGUUGGGAUACGCUUCGUCCCUCACCAAGUGAUGACCCUGGCGCCCAAGGCUAAAGUGGAAGUGCUGGUCAGAGCAGUCACGGCGGCGGACGACGAUGCCCUCAUCAACAAGAAGCUUCCGAAGGAGCUGCUGCUUCGCAUCUUCUCCUACCUGGACGUCGUCUCGCUGUGCGCCUGUGCUCAGGUGUCUAAGUUGUGGCACGAGCUUGCGCUGGAUGGAAGCAACUGGCAGAAGAUUGACCUCUUCAACUUUCAGACGGACAUCGAGGGUCCCGUGGUGGAGAACAUCUCGCGCCGAUGCGGCGGCUUCCUCAAGAAGCUCAGCCUUCGCGGCUGUCAGAGCGUCGAGGACGCGUCGCUAAAGACGUUCGCCCAGAAUUGCAACAAUAUCGAAGACCUGAAUCUGAACGGCUGCAAAAAGCUGACGGACAGCACCUGCCAGAGCCUUGGGAAGCACUGCAGUAAGCUGACCUUCCUCGACCUGGGCUCGUGCUGCCAGGUGACAGACCUGUCACUCAAGGCGAUCGGCCAAGGCUGUCCUGCGCUUGAGCAGAUCAACAUUUCUUGGUGCGACCAGGUGUCCAAGUAUGGCGUGGAAGCUCUGGCUGCUGGUUGUCCAAGGCUGCGCGGCUUCGUCAGCAAGGGCUGCCCGCUGGUCAAUGACGAGGCAAUCUCUAAGCUGGCCCAGUAUUGCGGAGGCCUGCAGACCCUCAACCUUCACGAGUGCACCAACAUCACUGAUGCUGCUGUGCAGGCUGUCAGCCAGCACUGCCCCAAGCUGCACUUCCUGUGUGUCUCCAAUUGUGCGCAUCUGACCGACACCGCUCUCGUGUCUCUCAGCCAGGGCUGCCAUGCGCUCUGCACGCUUGAGGUAGCCGGCUGUACACAGCUGACAGACAGCGGCUUCCAAGCGCUGUCUCGCUCGUGCCACUCACUUGAGAAAAUGGACCUUGAAGAGUGUGUGCUCAUCACGGACAACACGUUGAUGCAUUUGGCCAAUGGCUGCCCAAAGCUGCAGCAGUUGAGCCUUUCGCACUGCGAGCUUGUAACGGAUGAAGGGAUCCGCCACCUUGGCGCAGGCGCUGGUGCGGCCGAGCACCUGCUUGUGCUGGAGUUGGACAACUGCCCAUUGAUAACAGAUGCUUCGUUGGAGCACUUGGUCGCGUGCCAGAAUCUGCAGCGUAUCGAGCUGUACGAUUGCCAACUGAUUACGCGCGCUGGCAUCCGCAAGCUUCGCAGUCACCUGCUGGACCUGAAGGUGCAUGCCUACUUUGCACCUGUCACACCUCCGCCCUCAGUUGGAGGCGGCAGGCCCCGCUACUGUCGCUGCUGCGUUGUGCUCUAGUCAAGUGAGGAAGACAUGGGUGUGGGGGAAAUGGGUGCUUUUAGGAAUUGCCUUUUGCUGCUGCUGAUCAAGGUAGCGCAGAAAUUGUUAAUGUUGGACAUGCAGCCCCAAUCAUCUACGUUCGAAAUGUGUUGACAGUUUUGUGUUGUGACAACAUCUACGAUUGCCCGUGUGGCUCAAGAUAGCUUUCUAGAAUGUGGUGAGAGAAACGGUGACCACAUGGCAGCAUGUUCUCACCAAGGGGGUCUUUCAAGUCUACAGUUCCGUAAAUGUUGCUACUGCAGUUUGUUGCGCACGGUUUGCACAUUCUUAACAGAUGCAAUUUGAGCUUUACGUUUCACAUAAUUUUUAACUCUAUUUGUUUCCCAUCUUGACACAACUCAAAGCACAUUUUAUUGAUGGCAACGGCAACCAUUUGUUGAAUAUGUAGUCGUAAACUUGACUGGCAACAUACCACCUGCCACCACUUGACUGUGGUUCCAUUACACCAGUGAUCAUGAUAGUCUUUGUCCACAUGUACAGACUUGAUUCCCAUUCCACAGUUUGCUAACUGCUUCUUUGAAAGCACCGGCCAUUUGUUAACAUGUUCUUUGCUGCAAGUGGAUUGUAGGUACUGCAGUCUUUGUGAUAGUGACACUUUGUCAUGCAUACUCCGUGGUAGUAACACUUUCACAGUGCAGAAAAUUGCUUAAUCAUCCUUAAACUUGCAUUUCUUGAUUCACCUAGAUCUUGAUCACUUGCCUAAUGUUCAGUACUGCAUACAUAACAGGUGUAAACACAGGUAUAAUGACACAUCAAACAUGGUCAAUCGUUUGCGGUGGCCUAAAGAAUGCAGAUGGCUUAGCGGUAUCAUAAAUAAACUACUGCACUGCUUGUAACUUCAUCUAUUUUAUCGUAUUAGAGGAUUAGAUAAGCACUGCAUUUUUUAUCAUGCUUGUGAUUUACUAUCAUGGUAGUUUUUGUGCUACCUGUGUGAGCCACAGAUGUGAUACAGUGCAUAAUUUCCAGAGGUAAAGAAUAUUUAAAAAUCUGAAGCAGCAGGAGGUUAAUGUGGGCGAGUUGGUGUAACAUACUUGAAGAAAAAAUAGCUCUUCAAAAACGCGCACUAAAAGAAGAACAUGUAUGACGGACAGGCGCCUGUCCGUUGUACAUGUACCUUCUUUUAGUCCGCGUCUUUGUAGUGCUGUUAUUUCUUCAAGAAUUAAAAAAAAAAACAGCUUAUACCUCACUGUUAGUCUGCAGGUGGGCAUGCUUUUUUUUUUCUCUAUCUCCUAUCCUGCAGGAAUUUGCUUCGAGGCCUUGACAGCCUGUGACAUAUGGCAUCUGAAUUGGGAUAGUGAGCAUAUUUACCACUUGAGACAACAUAAAAAUGAAAGAUGGUUGCGGGGUUGAACCAUAUUAAUGGAGAAAAUGUAAUCAAUCUGUGUCCAGUUUAUUCUACCUGUGCAUUCUUGUUCUGCUGUGCAGUCAUAACUUUGAAUGGUUCAGGCAUGCCUUUGCCUGCAAAUACCUUCGCGGUGUGCAACUGUACAAUGUUGGCGGCAGGGCAGCAAUGUUUAGUGAUGCAGGCAAGGAUGCUUACGUUUCUGUUUUCACCAGAAUACUGCAUACACAAUCACAGUUUGCUGAGCACUGAAUCUGAAAUGUUGUGUCCACUUUUCAGGCUCUUGAAUCCUGUGCACCCACAGGCAGCAUAAUUGCUUGUCUUCAUCUCCCGUGAUAUGUAGACUAAUUUGUGCAGCGCAGAUUAUGUACAUACGAGUGGCACCUUCGUCCAUGUGUCUUCUUUAUAGGAAAAUGGUUAUGAGUUACUAACAAGCCUCCAUUGACCUCAUAAACGGCAACAACAUGAUGAUGCAGAUCGACUGCAGAUGUAGUGGUGCACGCGUGAUGCUUCACAGCACAGGAAAAUGUGCGCAUCACGUCUUAGAGAGCAGGCUACAAUAUGCCUUGAUGCAGCACCAUAUUUAAAGGCAAUGCAAUGAAUGCCAUCACUUGUGCUGCUGUGACACCGUGCCGGGCACCUUACUUCUAGAAAUCAAAACUGCAGCCACUUGUUAGAAAAGAAAUUGUUUGGGAAUUACGUAAUCACUUAGAAUUGUGGUAUUCAGAAGAAGGAAAAAUCUGCAAUAUGUUCGUCUCUACUUUUAAAUAUAAGCAAGUUUCAACUUUGAAAUGGGCAACACAUUGGAUAAGUCACUACAGUUGUGAGCUAUCAACAUCUCUCCUCUUCUAAUAAAGGAUAAAGAUUUCGACUUGGAACUUCUGACCUAUCCUUUUCACGCACUGAUAAGUAUCUUUACAUACAGUGAACAUUCGUGAAUUAACUAGGUGUGAAGUAGUAGAAUGAGCGAAAAACACUGACACACCUGUUAACAGAGCAAGACUACAGCUUUUCUUUAGCUUUAGUUGCUUGAACUUUCCAUUUAAAAAAAAAAAGCUUCUUAACUGCUUGGCAUGUUGGUCAAAGUGUGUUUUAGCAUGGUUUCAUUUGUUUUUUGCAUGGUCAUGUGAAGAUCAUUGUGCUCAAUGCAGCCUAGGUUAUUGGUGACCUGUAGCAUGCACCAUGAUCCUAACUUGGUGAUGCGUAUUCACAUGUGUUCUUUGCAAAUGUUCUUCAACUUGAUGUUCAAGUUUUCCCCAGUGUGAAACCGGUGAUUUUACCUUAAUUCACUGUGCCAGGGGGCCUGUUAUAGCUCCAAGAAUGUUGUGAGCACUUUGUGCCAGUAAAAGAAAGUCUAUCACUUCUAGUGACUGAGAAUCGUGUAUCAGACCACUUUUGCGCCCCCAUGCAUAGGUAAAGUUUCAGUAGCCAAUGUGUGUACAUCACUUGUCAACUUUCCUUAAUUUGGCUUCUGUUCCAAAAGUACUGAAAGGCACCUAUCUUAUUCAAACACUUAUUACUUGGUCUUAUUCGAAAGGAUUCACCUGACCUUUAAUGAAUUCGGAGCAAAAGGAAUUGUCUUGCUGGUUUAGGCUUAAAAGAUGUGAAAUGGUACUUCGUCUGCCUGUCAUUUGUGCUGCAAGUGCUUUUGGAGACAAUUUUUGUGGAAGGCUUGUCAUGAUAAUUAAGUGGUUCAUGAUACUUUCAACAGAAAUCUUGAUGCUCUUUCGUUGGUGAAACAUCUAAGGCAUAUGCAUUUAUGAGUAAUGCUGGAACGGAUCAUUAGUCAACACAAUUUUGCAAGAAGUUACUGAGGCGGAGCUUAUCUAAUCAAAAUAAAAGUUUGACAUCCUCUCGAAAAUGGGCAGAAAACUACAAACGAAACCAGCUUGGUACUUUGAGAGAUAACAUUGUGAUUAAAAAAAAAAAAACACAGUUCGUCUGGUCUACAGUUAAUCUUCACUGGUUGAGCAAAUUGCAGACUAGGGUAAAUGUCUUUCAGCCACGCCGUUUACAUUGAAGAAGUAAGUCUGGUUCCCUUUAAAGCUGUCUGCCUAUCGCAAUUGACAUGCAGUUUUCCUGUCAUCAGAAACAUUAGUUUCCCACGUGCACAUUAUAUUUAUACAGCAAAUAACAGCAAGGCACAAAGAAGCACUUUUAAUUUGCAAUGCAACUAUUAUUAGCUUCUCUGACCAAUUCGUGGCAAUUAGUCUUUUGGUUUUUGUAAAUGCCAUAUUCAUUUAUGCUGUGACUUUACUGUUUGCAAAGUUUGUAACAGAUAUUUCUUCAUGGGUAGAGCACUUGGGAGUUCAGUUUUAAUUUGACUGUGUCAACACAGUUCUUUCCACUCUUGCAUUUUGUACAGCAGAAUCUCUUCAAUAUGUUCCUGGUUUGUAAAAUUUUCCCCACAGUGGACAACAUUGAAAAUAUCCGUGAUAUGUUGUCUUGGAUAUUGUGCUAAUUCUCGUACUUUUUUGUCUUGUUUUUUCAUCUUUCAAAUUGUAUCAGUGAUGUUCUACUGUUUAAUGAGUCUGCUUGCUUUAUUAGCAGCAUUCGGUAUGUGCAGCAGGUACAUUUGUAUUUACUUUUUAUCAUUUCAUAGCUAUGUCGUAAUUUUCUUUCCCCAAAUACCAUCUAAAUUUUAGUAAUCGGGGACUGUAAAACUAUAGGUAAUUUCCGGAAAUGCUGUUCUCCAUGCAUGGCUUGGUUAAACACAGCUGAUGGGAUGAAAAGAUUUGUACACAGGCAUGCUUCCUGUUACCGUUAUUAUUUACAUCACACGCACCCUCUCGGACCGUGUAACAGAGGUACCGCGACAUCCACACACGCUGGCCACUGCGCUGAACUAUCUUGCUUGAGAGAGAAAGUA